AUGUCCAAAGUGGCGAAGUCAGAGUCGAGAGUUGUGCUAGUGGGUGAUGGGGAUGGUGAUGGCUGCUGCUCCUGCACUGGCAUGAGGAUCGGUGACCUUGGGGGCGUUUUGCUCGAAGCUGCAAAGCUUACCAGGUCCUGGUUCUGCCAAAAGCCUGGAUACGGCUUCUCUCAGAAGGUAGACGAAGAAGAAGGGACGGGCGGGGUGGCUCUACAUCCCCCCGACGGAUUCUAUACCCAUCAGCAUUCAAUCCACGCCCAUCAUGCCCACACUGCAGAACCCGAUCGAGGAUACAUGGAGGGCAACAGAUAUGUCACUGCAGUUCAUCGACCUUUACCUGCUCUAAACCACUCGAACUCGUCAUGCUCGUCGGCGUCGAACGCGUCCACGGGGGCGGGGCUGUGCGUGGGCGCAGCCGAGCCGGCGCCACCGCUGUACAUCGCCGCCCCACCAGAGGGCUUUGGACACGCGGUUCAUACAAACAGGCGAGGCACAGAUGUGUCCAUCAUGGGCAUGGGUUCGACGGGGAUCACCCAAAAAGAUCCCACUUUACCCCAAAAAAGGGGUAAAUUGACUAGAGGCCGUUAUGAAAUGUCUCAAGACCUUCUGGACAAACAAACGGAGAUCCUAGAACGGAGGUACGGAGGGUUAAGAGCAAGGAGGGCUGCGGUGACCAUCCAGAGGGCGUUUAGGAGACGACAGCUGCUGAAGAAGUUUAGUGCCAUCACAGCUAUGGCUAAGGCCGCUGACUCGAACGCAAGGAGGCUGCAAGAUGGGCCCGAACAUGGGCAACUAGUCAAUGGUACAGAUAUAUACGCAAACACACUACUACAGAAGAGCCCUGGUGGUGUGGAGAAGUCCUUAGCACUGACCAGGCCCAUGAGGUCCAUGUCGUUACGGGAACGUCACGACAUUGAUAUGAGCAAUCACAUGGUCUGCGACCCUCAAAGCGAGGUGGAAGCCAUGGUGGCAAGAGUCCAGCAGUCAGCCCAUCAGAUUCACAUGAUCGCAGCUGAUAUGCCACCCCUACACCGCGGAGAUGCUGACAGUGGGGUGUGCAGUUGUUCAGUAAGCGGCUCCGUCACCAACAUAUCUACGUCCUCAUCACACAAUGAAUCUCUACACAACCAUCAGUUAUUAAAUAAUACAGGCCCAAUAUACGGCAACCUGCUAUCAUCAGGUGGCAAGCCGCUGUCGUCACCGACAGCUCGUCAGCAACAACAGCUAGCUGCUAUCCAAGCUGCGAACGCCCGGCGACUCCCGCCAGAAGUACCGAAGCGGACUAGCAGUAUUACACUCAAUGCGGAGAGUCCAGUCUCGCUUCGUCGAGCUGAAUGUGGCGCAGUGGUCCGCGGUGGCUCCAUGUCCUCAGUGCAAUCCUCCUCAUCAUCGUCGUCACAGGAGCACCGCCACCACUACCAUCAGCCCUACCAACCUAGAGCUCCGGAGCCCGUGCAGGCGGCGUACGCAGGUCGUGGAGCUGGGUACGAGGAGAGGUUCUCAGUGUGGAAGCGCCAGGACGGGCCGCCGUACUACGAGGCGCCGGCCGCCGCCUGCUGCCGGCCCGCGCACGACCUGCUCCCGCACGCGCACCAGGCGCACAAGGUCUCAGAAACGGUUCGCAAGCGCCAAUACCGCGUUGGUCUGAACCUCUUCAACAAGAAGCCAGAGCGAGGCAUCGCCUACCUGAUCUCCCGUGGCUUCCUCGAGAACUCCCCUCGAGGCGUCGCCAGGUUCCUCAUCACAAGGAAGGGACUUAGCAAGCAAAUGAUCGGAGAAUAUCUUGGCAAUCUGCAGAAUCCGUUCAAUAUGGCUGUGCUUGAGUGCUUCGUAAACGAGUUAGAUCUAUCGGGUAUGGCAGUGGACGUGGCGCUCCGUCGCUACCAGGCACACUUCCGCCUGCCAGGCGAGGCCCAGAAGAUAGAGCGACUGGUGGAAGCCUUCGCUAGGAGGUACUGCGUUUGUAACCCUGACUUCGUGCAGAGAUUGAGGACUCAGGAUACGAUAUUCGUCCUAGCAUUCGCCAUAAUAAUGCUGAACACGGACUUGCACACACCGAACCUCAAACCCGAAGCUCGGAUGUCAUUGGAUGACUUCGUACGCAACCUGCGCGGUAUAGAUGACUGCGGCGACAUAGAUCGAGAUAUGCUGGCCGGUAUAUACGAUCGGGUGAAGUCCAGCGAGUUUAGACCCGGCAGUGAUCAUGUCACGCAGGUAAUGAAAGUCCAAGCGACAAUAGUAGGCAAAAAGCCUCACCUGGCCCUGCCACACCGCCGCCUCGUCUGCUACUGUCGGCUCUACGAGAUACCUGACAUACACAAGAAGGAACGACCCGGGGUGCAUCAGAGAGAGGUGUUCCUGUUCAACGAUCUACUGGUGAUUACAAAGAUCUUCAGUAAGAAGAAGUCGUCAGUAACGUACACGUUCCGCCAGUCCUUCCCGCUCUGUGGCAUGCUCGUCAACCUGUUCUCUGUGCCACACUAUCCCUUCGGCAUCCGUCUAUCCCGCCGCGUAGACAGUCGACGUCUGGCAACAUUCAACGCUCGCAACGAACAUGACCGGUGCAAGUUUGCAGAGGACCUGCGAGAGAGCAUUGCCGAGAUGGAUGAGAUGGAGGCCAUGAGGAUUGAGGGAGAACUCAACAGGGGGAAGGGAAGAACUGCCGGGAAUUCGGCUAGGAAUGUGAUGGAGAACAGAGACAGUGGUGUCGCUGACGUGGAAAUUGAUCAUCAGCAGUGCAUGGAUCAUGUUCAUAUGCAUGGCGUGGUGGUCCCCCCUCCCCCCUCGUGCCCGGCCCCCGCGGCCCCGCUCCGCGCCCAGAACCCGCCCCCAACCACCAUCAUUAAGCGGAAUGUGCUCAGCAACUCACUCGUUGAUAUCAAUGAUCCCGUGGCAUUAGCAGCGGAGCGUCUCCAGCGGCGCGGCUCCGUGGGGUCCCUGGACAGCGGGAUGUCCGUCUCCUUCCAACAGGGGAGCAGGACGGCACUGCAUGCUACGUCACCGAGACAUCCUAAUGAACAACGAUCUCCGGGUCGUUUGUUUGGAGGCAUUAGCGGCAUCAGUGGCAUAUUCCCAGGACGUAUACGUAAAUUAAGCGCUUCCGGAAUUCCGGACAACAAGCACGGACAAGUCGGCAAGAGCACCGAAGUCUAA